CUGCUGAAUGUGGCGUCUAACGUCAGCACUCGCCUGCUAGCAGUUAGCCAUCUGAUAUUUAAAUUUCGCAUGGAUGUUUUAUGUAGUGAAGUCCACGCAGCAGAGUCUGUUGCCUACCUCAACAGGGCGCUGGUCAGGCUCCAGGACAUUUGGGAAGAAAUAGGAAUCCCAGAGGAGCAGCGACUACAGAGAACCAACGAUGUUCACAAGCACAUAAAAGGCUUGCUGGACCUUAUGAUUGCUGAAGAGGAGGAACUGAGGAAAGGAUUACUGAAAAGCAUUGAGUCUUGUCGCAAGGAGCUUAGUGACUUGUACAGCGAACUUCAGAUGCCCCCCUUUGAGGAGGAGGAUGGCUGCACCAUACUGCAGAUGGAGAGGAAUAGCCGCACCCGUCUGGAGGUGAUGAGGAAGCACAAGAGCCAGAGAGUGGAGGAGCUUAAGGGCCUUGUUCUCAAAGACCGAGACCUGUGCGACAUUAUGUGCACGACUCCCUUCUCCAUCAAUCAGAGCUCUGUGCCAUCACUGAAUCAGCUGGAGGCUUACCGGGCCUACCUGGAUGAUCUCACCAAAGAGAAGGUGCUUGGUGUUGUUUCAGAGCACCGCCAUGAUGAAUUUGUAAGCAUCAAAAAGGAAAUUGUUGUUUGUAUGGACGAUCUGGAGCAGAGCCCAGAGACCAGCUUUGAGACGGACGUGAUGUGUGAGGAUGAGGAGGCCUUUUGUCUGUCAAAUGACAAUAUUUCUGCUCUUAAACUUCUUCUCAGUCAGUUACAAGAGCGAAAGGCUGAGACUGAACUCCUUUGCUCCGGUUUACGAACAAAGAUCCAGGAGCUGUGGGAAAGGCUUCAGAUUCCUCAGGAAGAAAGGGAUGCCCUCUCUGAACACAUGGUCAAAUCAAAGAAGAAAAACAUUGAAGCACUCCAGACAGAGGUCCAGCGUCUACAGCUGCUGAAAAUGCAGAGCAUGAAAAGUGUCAUCGAGGCAAUCAGAGCAGAGAUGAUUCUUCUGUGGAAGAGGUGCUUCUACAGCCCUGAACAGCAGCAAGCUUUUGCUCCAUUUCAUGAUGAUGAUUUCACUGAAGACCUUCUCGAUAUCCAUGAAGCCGAGGUCAGAAACCUGAAGAACUACUAUGACGACCACAGGGAGCUUUUUGAGGGAGUCUCCAAGUGGCAGGAAAACUGGACCUUGUACUUGGAGCUUGACAAAAAGGCUAAUGACCCUUCCAGGUUUAACAACAGAGGGGGAAACCUUCUGAAAGAAGAAAAGCAAAGAACUGACCUGCAGAAAAGUUUGCCCAAAUUGGAGAAAACCCUGAAGGUGCAGAUUGACGCUUGGGAGCAGGAUCAUGGGAAGGAGUUCCUGGUGAACGGACAGGAAUUUCUUACCUACGUGCAGCAGCAGUGGGAGCAGCACCAUGAGGAGAAGGAGAAGGAGAAACUUGAGAGGCAACUGAAGAAGACUAAGCAGACAAAAGAAGAUAUGCUGUACGGGACAUCGGUGAGAACGCCGUCGAAACGGCGAAUGGCGGGAACUCCCACACCCAGCAAAGUGAAAAAGCUCAACGGCACGACCACCAUCUCCACUCCAACCAGUUUCCUCAAUUCAGGCCUCGGUGGAACCAUUUGCCAGUCUUCCAUGCAGAAACCCCCUCUGUCUGCCAGCAAGGGUUUUGGCCUGCGGACCCCGGGACAUGGCAAGACGCCCCGGGCUUUAGACCGAAACAAGGAAAACAUCUCCCAUCUUAACAGAAACACUCCAUGUGGCACACCAAGGUCUCAGGAUACUCAAGAUCGCACCUUCACCUUUAACGCUAUUGCUGGCUCCUAUUCGGAAUUUACGAGAGACCUCACGAAGGCUUCUAAAUCGAAUGUGAAGACGGGACUGCUCAACUCAACCGUCAGUCACCACUGA